UCUACUCGUCGUAGUUGUGUGCCGGUCGUGCUUGGUGAUUGGUGGUAGUAUAGUGGGUAUCCUCUCGUGUGCCGUGCGUGUCCAGGAAGAAGAGGUACCAGAAGAAGAAGAAGAAGAAGAAGAAGCAACGGGUCGCGUCCCACGAGGGUAGAGAGGGCGAAAAAUAUAUAACGUAGAAGAAGAGGGUGCGUUGCGCCCUGCGUGAACCUCGGAGCCGGUGGAGAAAGGGCGACUCUCUCUCUUUCUCGCGCGCGCGAGUGCGUGAACGCGCGGCGAUGACGAGCGGAUACGCCCGGCGGCUCACGUGAUACGCAGUCCGCUGUUGUGCUCCGCCGCCGAGGAAGAGAUAUGUGGUCACGGAGGGAGCUUCGUAGCAGCCCAGUGCCGUAGCAUGCCGGCUCGCUGCAGCGCGUGGUGGGGCGCCUCUGAGACACCGCGUCGAUCGGCGUCGAUCGCCGGGCAGCAAUCGCAGGUGCGUCGCCGCAGGAGAAGAAGACGAAGGUGCGAUCGUCGUCGUAGUAGCACGGGAAGCACGGAGCUCGACACCAGCGACCGAUGAGCGCGGGGGGGGAUGGGGGCUCGGCGUUGGGCCCACCUGCCCGGCUGCCGGGGGCCCAGCCGACUGCCGCGACCCCCUCCACCGCGACCCCCCCCAUCGUCGUCGGCCAGUCAUCGAUCGGUGGUGUCGGUGGUGUCGCGCCAGAUGGCGCGAACGCGCAUCAUCAAUCGCCGCCGCCGCCCACGCAGUCGCAGACCGGCCAAGCCGGGGCCGCCGCCGGUGCUGCCUCCAAGUCGGCCCAGAAGAGGCCCGUCAGACGGGGCGGCAAGCCGCCGCCCGACAGGCCCGUCCGGGCCCUCUUCUGCCUGGCCCUCACGAACCCUCUUAGGAAGAUGUGCAUCAGCGUCGUCGAAUGGAAACCCUUCGAGUAUCUCAUCCUUAUGACGAUAUUUGCAAACUGCGUCGCUUUGGCAGUCUACACGCCGUACCCUUAUGGCGAUUCCAACCUGACCAAUCAGUACUUGGAGAAGAUAGAGUACGUUUUUCUUGUGAUUUUUACGGUGGAGUGCGUGAUGAAGAUCAUAGCUUACGGCUUCGUCGCCCACCCGGGAGCUUAUCUCCGCAACGGUUGGAACUUGCUGGAUUUCACGAUAGUCGUGAUUGGAAUGAUAAGCACGGUGCUGAUGAUGCUCAUGAAGGAGGGUUUCGACAUCAAGGCCUUAAGGGCGUUUCGUGUUCUACGUCCUCUCAGGCUGGUUUCCGGUGUUCCAAGUCUUCAAGUGGUCCUAAACUCUAUUUUGAGGGCGAUGGUACCACUUUUGCACAUUGCUUUAUUAGUUCUCUUUGUCAUCAUCAUUUACGCCAUCAUCGGCCUCGAGCUGUUCUCCGGAAAGAUGCACAAAACAUGCAGGAACAACAUAACUGAUCGGAUAAUGGACAAUCCGGUACCGUGCGGCGAGAUGGGCUUCCAGUGCUCUCAACUCGGACCCGAGUUCUACUGCAGCAAACAGUUCUGGGAGGGUCCCAACUACGGUAUCACGAAUUUCGACAACUUCGGACUGGCCAUGCUCACGGUCUUCCAAUGCGUCACCCUCGAAGGCUGGACGGACGUGCUUUAUAAUAUCGAGGAUGCGAUGGGGAGCUCGUGGCAGUGGAUAUAUUUCAUCUCGAUGGUCAUCCUCGGAGCUUUCUUCGUGAUGAAUCUAAUUCUCGGUGUGUUGUCCGGCGAAUUCUCCAAGGAGAGAGAGAAGGCGAAGGCGCGUGGCGACUUUCACAAGCUCAGGGAGAAACAGCAAAUCGAGGAUGAUCUCAGGGGUUACCUCGACUGGAUAACGCAAGCCGAGGACAUCGAGCCGGAAGCCGACGAACCGAAGCAAGAUGGGAAAACCAAGCAAAACGAAAUAGAGAGCACGGAUCAAUUAGAGGGCGACGAAGAGGGUAUCCAGCAAGAGUCCGUGUGGAAAAAGAAGAAACGAGACCUAGAUAGAGUGAACAGGCGGAUGCGAAGAGCCUGCCGAAAGGCAGUCAAGUCCCAGGUCUUCUAUUGGCUCAUCAUAGUUCUGGUUUUCUUGAAUACCGGCGUCCUCGCUACAGAGCAUUACCAUCAACCGAGCUGGUUGGACGACUUUCAAGAAAUCACGAACGUCUUCUUCAUCGUCCUCUUCUCCAUGGAAAUGAUGUUAAAGAUGUACAGUUUAGGUUUUCAGGGUUAUUUCGUCUCGUUAUUUAAUCGUUUCGAUUGCUUCGUCGUGAUCGGCUCGAUCACCGAAAUGAUACUUACACGUACACAAGUGAUGCCGCCUCUUGGCGUUUCCGUACUCCGUUGCGUCCGGUUGCUCAGGGUAUUCAAAGUAACAAAAUAUUGGAGAUCACUAUCGAAUUUAGUGGCCUCUCUACUGAACUCCAUACAAUCGAUCGCUUCGUUGCUGCUCCUGCUUUUCCUUUUCAUCGUUAUCUUCGCUCUUCUGGGCAUGCAGGUCUUCGGUGGAAGGUUCAAUUUCAGCGAGAUGGAGGAAAAGACACGUCACAAUUUCGACAGCUUUUGGCAGAGCUUGCUCACCGUGUUUCAGAUAUUAACCGGAGAGGACUGGAACGUCGUGAUGUACAUCGGUAUCCGAGCUUACGGGGGCGUCGCGAGUAUCGGCAUCCUCGCCUGCGUUUACUUCAUCAUCCUCUUUAUAUGCGGUAACUAUAUCCUCCUGAACGUGUUCUUGGCUAUCGCCGUCGACAAUCUCGCCGAUGCCGAAUCUCUAACUGCCAUCGAGAAGGAGGCCGAGGAGGAGGUGAGUUUUCAACACAAUACAUAAUGUAUUAAAUUUCAAUUUUAUAAUUUAAAUUUUAUAAUAAAAAUUUUUUUUGUCAAAUUCAAAUGCAUAAUCAAUUGCAAUUUACAAUGUUAUAUGCGACGCGAGCAAUGUUGUAGUUUUACUCAAGAGAUAAAUUCUCUUUCAGAAGACGGACAAGAAGUAUCGGCCAGGCCGCGAAGAAUGUCAGAAUACAACGUGGCUAAUAAAAAGGAACCAAUACCAGCUGGUUCGGCAUUCUUCAUCUUUUCAAGUAAUAAUAGUAUUCGCAUCUUCUGCCACUGGUUUUGCAAUCACAGUUACUUCAGCAAUGUGAUACUGGUCUGCAUCAUGAUUUCCUCCGCUAUGUUGGCCGCCGAGGAUCCACUGAGAGCUUCAUCGGACAGAAAUCAGAUAUUGAACUACUUUGACUACUUUUUCACUACUGUCUUCACGAUUGAAAUCUGCCUCAAAAUGAUCUCGUACGGCUUCAUCAUCCACGAGGGCGCGUUUUGCCGGUCGGCUUUUAAUCUGCUCGAUCUUCUCGUCGUUUGCGCCUCUCUCGUGUCCAUGUCUGUCAGCUCCGGCGCGUUCUCCUUCAUCAAGGUGCUCCGAGUACUUCGUGUCCUGAGGCCGUUGCGUGCCAUCAAUCGAGCGAAGGGAUUAAAGCACGUAGUACAGUGCGUCAUCGUAGCGGUAAAGACUAUCGGAAACAUAGUCCUCGUCACCAGCCUCCUGCAGUUCGUGUUCGCCGUCAUUGGCGUACAGCUCUUCAAGGGCAAGUUUUUCUAUUGUACCGAUGCAUCGAAAAUGACGAAGCUCGAGUGCCGGGGCACUUAUUUGGAAUUCGAGGACGGUAAUAUCAAUAGACCGGCCGUGAAACAGAGAGAGUGGCUUCAGCAACGUUUUCACUUUGAUGACGUCGCUAAGGCGAUGCUGACCCUCUUUACGGUCUCGACUUUCGAAGGUUGGCCAUCACUGUUAGAAUGGUCGAUCGACUCCAACAAAGAGGAUCAUGGACCAAUUCAUAACUUCCGGCCGAUAGUGGCCGCCUACUACAUCAUCUACAUCAUCAUCAUCGCGUUCUUCAUGGUGAACAUCUUCGUCGGUUUCGUUAUCGUCACAUUUCAGAACGAAGGCGAGCAAGAGUACAAAAACUGCGAGCUCGAUAAAAAUCAGAGAAAUUGUAUCGAGUUCGCACUAAAGGCGAAGCCAGUCCGCCGAUACAUACCAAAGCAUCGAGUACAGUACAAAGUCUGGUGGUUCGUCACCUCCCAACCGUUCGAGUACACGAUAUUCACGCUAAUUAUGAUCAACACCGUGACACUCGCGAUGAAGUUCUACCGGCAACCGGAAAUGUACACGAGCGCUCUGGACGUUCUCAAUAUGAUCUUCACCGCCGUGUUCGCCCUUGAAUUUGUGUUCAAGCUGGCUGCAUUUCGAUUCAAGAAUUACUUCGGCGACGCGUGGAACGUCUUUGAUUUUAUCAUCGUGCUCGGAAGCUUCAUCGACAUCGUUUACUCGGAAGUUCACGUAAGUAUCGGACUUUGAUCGAGCACCCCGAGAAGCAAUAUUCGCGAUUAUAUUUAAAGAGCCGGAAGUGUGAACUGCGAGUCAACCGUUUUACGAUCCUUGCAGGGUCCUGGAUCCACCCUCAUUUCCAUCAAUUUCUUCAGGCUGUUUCGUGUAAUGCGAUUGGUCAAGCUACUGAGCAAAGGGGAGGGCAUCCGUACGCUUUUAUGGACGUUCAUCAAGUCCUUUCAAGCUCUGCCAUACGUUGCCCUUCUCAUUAUAAUGCUCUUCUUUAUUUACGCAGUGAUAGGCAUGCAGGUCUUUGGGAAGAUCGCGAUAGACGACGAGACGCCGAUAAAUCGCAAUAAUAAUUUCCAGUCCUUUCCGCAAGCCGUGUUGGUCUUGUUUAGAUCGGCGACCGGCGAGGCCUGGCAAGAAAUCAUGAUGGCUUGUUCGGUGAACCCAGACCAAGUUAAAUGCGAUCCGAACAGCGACGAAUUCGCUAAGCCCGAGGGCUGCGGAUCGGACAUUGCAUUUCCCUACUUCAUAUCUUUCUACGUGCUCUGCUCAUUUCUCAUCAUCAACCUCUUCGUCGCCGUCAUUAUGGACAACUUUGACUACUUGACGAGAGAUUGGUCGAUUCUCGGACCGCAUCAUUUGGACGAAUUUAUUCGCCUGUGGUCCGAAUACGAUCCCGACGCGAAAGGACGAAUUAAACAUCUCGACGUGGUGACGUUGCUGAGGAAGAUAUCGCCACCCUUAGGUUUCGGAAAGCUGUGCCCUCAUAGGGUAGCUUGUAAGAGACUCGUCUCGAUGAAUAUGCCGUUAAACAGCGACGGCACCGUGCUGUUUAACGCGACGCUGUUCGCCGUCGUGAGGACCUCGUUGAGGAUCAAAACGGAGGGCAACAUCGACGACGCGAAUGCCGAACUCAGGGCGGUGAUCAAGAAGAUCUGGAAGAGGACCAGUCCGAAGCUUCUGGAUCAGGUCGUUCCGCCGCCCGGAGUGGACGACGAGGUGACGGUCGGCAAGUUUUACGCGACUUUCCUCAUCCAGGACUAUUUCCGCCGAUUCAAGAAACGCAAGGAACAGGAAAUGAAGGAUGGAGACAGAGACUGUCUUAAUACCGUGACCCUUCAGGCCGGGUUGAGAACGUUACACGAAGCUGGUCCCGAAUUGAAACGCGCGAUUUCCGGUAAUUUAGAGGAACUCCUCGAUGACAAUCCAGAACCUAUGCACAGGAGAAAUCACUCGCUCUUUGGCAGCGUGUGGUCCAGCAUGCGAAAGGGACAUCACAGCUUCCACAGGGCGAGAUCGCUUAAGGUUAACUCUACUGUUGCAAAGGCGUCCCCGACCAAUUCUAUAGACUUUUUACCAUACGCUUCGUUACGGAGGGCCGCUCUUCCGGAUGCCGCUAAGAAACUUACUCACCAAGUUGUGCCAAAUGUAGCAGGUGGCCUGAGCGACGGUGCGAUGAAUCAGAUGGGAAUAAACGCGCGACUGAUGGGUGUCGAGGAAAGCAUACCUCUGAGACCGCUCGCUGCUUUUGGCAAUCCGGUGCAACAGAGCGGGUAUAAAGUGGUCGAUCUUCAGGAUGGAAUCGAGCGGCAGUUGACGCCACCGACACCACCGCCACGACGAAACGCCCCGUCCUCGUCCACCGGCACCCCGAGCUCCGGGAUCGCGCACACCCCAGCCGCCGCAGCAGCGGCGGUCGCGGCUGUGGCGGCGGUCGCAGCAGCAUCAGCAACCGCAGGAGAAGGCACGGCGAGCGGAUCGAGCGUCGCGACGACGACGAUCACCGCGUCGUUCACCACGAGCGCAAACACCUCGACCACCGCGACCAGCUCAAGCCCCGCUUCCUCCUCGAAUGGGACUAACUGUUACUAUACCUACGCGUCGCGCGGCUGCUGCGUCGAUUGCGCAGCCUGGAGUAAUCACGCCUUAGACGAUUGCGACGACGAGGAUACGUCAACGGGAAGCGGAUCGAGCGAUUCCGGCAGGUGGAAUCCGCAUUCGGAGGGCGGCGUCGCGCGAGGCACGAUGACAGGAAAACCCCACGUGACCAUGCUGGGUCGUAGCCGAUCGACGAAGCGCCGGUCCAGGGGCCGACGUGACGCCGCGACCGCCGGCGGCAAGUCGGCCCCGGCGAGCUUCCGGUCGCGAGACGCCGCCGUCACGACGACGACUACGACGACGACGACGACGACUACGACGACGACGACGACGACUGGUACCGCGGCCGGAACCGCGUCCGGUAUGCGCACCAUCGCCAACGGCCUGAAAAUGGCGCAGAACCAGGCCAUCGCCGUGGCCGGCUUCCUCGCCGACGUGGACUCGCGACAAUGGCGCGUUUGCGCUUCCUGCUUGUCGCACCGAGCGUCCUACCACGGCAGAGUUUCCUGGACCGCAGAGAGUAACGGAAGCGUCGGCGCAGAGCGCCUGUCCCACAGCAUGCCCGGAAGUCCCGCGGACCGGAAGCCCAACUUUGAGGUCAUCGGGAGCGCGGAGAGCCUCGUUGGUCGGGUUCUAGUGGAGCAAGGUUUGGGCAAGUUUUGCGACCCGGACUUUGUGCGGUACACAUCUCGCGAGAUGCAAGAGGCUCUGGACAUGACGCGGGAAGAGAUGGACCGGGCGGCGCAUCAGCUGUUGCUGCAGGAACGACGUGGUCAGCCGUUGACCUAUCAGUUGCAGCAGAACGUGACGGAGCAGCAACAGGAUCAGCAGGAUCAGCAGCAGCAGCAACAGCAUCAGGCAACCGGGAUCGGUUACCAGCCGUUGCAGGAGCAGCCGCCGAGCCAACCGGUCUACCGUCAGCUGUCGUCAUCAUCCUCCUAUCGUCAUCGCGGCAGCAAUCGGAAGCAGCAGCAGCAGCAACAGCAGCGACAACCGCCGUCCUAGCAGGACGACAACUCGGUCGCCGCGAUGAAAACGUCGUCCACGUAACCCGAAAACUCCUACUCCCUCCGAACGGGAGUAGUCACUAAAGAAACGAGAUCGGUUACGAUGAAGUAAAAAAAACGUCGAAAUCACCAGCGGAACCUGAAUCGAUCGAUUCAGACCGCGCGGGAGGUGUUCGAUGAUUGUUGUUGUCCCGAAGAGGACACGCUCGAGGACGUUUUUUGAAUUGUUCUGAAUAUUUAUAGCUAUAAUUAGGUGCGAGAGAGAUGGCACUGCUCGAGGGACAAAAUGUCUUGGCUUAGUCUAAAUUGGGGGGAAAAAGAUGUAUAUGUAACCACUCGAGACGUUCAAGAUGUUCAGCCUGCGAUACGCUCGGGCACCACGAUAAACCAUGUAUUUUCUAGCAGAGCGUGAGUGUUUUAUCCGAUACAUUUUUUGGGUCGCCUUGAUUCCUAACUUGGCUCGGCCAAUUUCUAGCGAGAUUUCGUGCGAGUUUCGAUCGAGCGGGAUCAAGUCGCACGCUCGAUCGCGCGUUUUUAGGCACAAGAAUAUAUAUAAUAAUAAUAAACUCUUAGAAUAUAUAUUUUCGCCGCGACGAGACGGAUCGAAGACGAUCGAGUUGAAGUCGUUGCGGAACGGAGCUUCUUCGUCUUUUCGACGACGGUCGCGAGGCUAAAAUUGACGAAGUAUCCCGGGAGGAUCCGGGCUCCCAAACGGAAUUGAGUUUACUUUUAGAAACAGUCCUCUAGAGAUUUAUCAUUGUCCCUGUUUAACGUUAAUCUCCGUUUUCGGUUCGAUUUGUCCUGAUCUAAGGACGACGAAUGCCGCGUCCACUCCAAAAAAAAAAAGCGAAAAAUAGA